GCGGCCGGCGCCGGGCGUGCUGGUCCACUCCUCUCCGUCAGUGCCGUGACGACAGCGCCGUUCGCUGCACGCAGCCCCACAUCAAACCCUACUAAUUAAAAUUUACGUUGACCCGCUGUCAAAAAGUCAACAAAACAAAUGCGGAGCUAAUUAACUCUAGCCGACUGCCAAGUUUUAAUAUAAUUUCGCCAAGUCGCGCGCGCGGAAGUGAUUUUGUUUGCCGCUCUUUUUGGACAAGUUUCAAGAUCAGAAACUUUUGGAUCUGAAAAUGUCUGCCACGUAAUUGUUUAGACGUAGGUACAGGCUGGGGAGAUUUCUUUUGUGUGCGUUGAGAAAUUGGUUCAGGAACAUAAGUGCUAGACAAAAAGUGAUAGAGUGCUUAUGGGACUACAUUUGAGAGACAGAAAACAGGUGGAAUGGAGGUAAUACCGUCAAACGGGAGCCGCAUUUUAGUGGCAUUUUUUGCGACCGUCUUCUGGGGAAUGGGUGUGCGAGGUCUCCACAACUUGGAGAUCAACGUCCCCAGCGCGGUGCUGGUCGGAGAGACUGUGACCUUGGAGUGUAGCUGGCAGCUGGAGGACGAGGAGGCGCUGUACAGCGUCAAGUGGUACAGGGGACGAGAGGAGUUCUACCGGUACAUCCCCAAGGAACUGCCUCAUACGAGAGUGUUCCCGCUGCCCGGCAUCGAAGUUGAUAUAUCUCGAUCGGGCGCCCGCCGCGUGGUGCUGCAGCAGGCCACGCCCGCCAUGGCCGGCCGCUUCCGAUGCGAGGUGUCGGCUGACGCGCCUACCUUCCAUACCGAGAUCCGCUCGGCACCUUUGGAAGUCGUUGAGCCGCCGGAGUGGGGUCCGAAGCUGGUAUCGGACCGGUCAUGGUAUGGUGUGGGCUCUCUUCUGCGAGCCACGUGUGCCUCUCCCCCAGCGUUCCCUCCGGCGAACCUCACCUUCGCUUUGAAUGGACAAGAGAUUGAGAUUACAUCAAUAGCAAACGAACUACCAAGCUGGUUCAAAUGGGACCCGCCGCCGAAGCCAGAAACAACGACAACGGAGCUGCCAGAAGACGAUUUGAAUUUCAAUAUAUUUCACGACGACAGUAACAUACAAUACUUGGACGAGUCUUAUAUAAAUUUGCAUAAAGAGGAGAUAAGACGGCCUCAGAAGGAGAGUCCGAAGUUAGUGUUCGAGAGGACAGGGCCGGACAACAGGUUGCCUAGUGUCGGGGUCGUGUCGUUCGUGGUCCGGACUGAGGCGUUCGAGCGCGGGGCGCUUAGGCUGACCUGCAUAGCAAGCAUUUAUAACUUGUAUGCGGCACGUGCUGAAUUAAUUUUCGAUAUGGAGCAACCCGAAGUUGCUUCAGUUUUAGGAGUUCGUAAUAGUGCUGUAGAUCCAUCAUCCUGUAGUUGGAGGAUAGCAAUAUCUCUGAUGCCAUUUUUGUACAACAUUCGGUAGUUUGAUUCAAUAUUUAUCUAUAAGUACAAAUAAUGUAAGUCCUGAUUUUUUUAAAAUACUUCUUCAUUUUGUACAAAGACAUCGAACAUAUCCAAACUUAAGAAUAUUGUUAAUGUGUUGUUGUCAUCGAAGUUCACUAUGCCAAUUUUUUUGUGCGAUUCUCUUUUGGUUCAUGUAAAUAGGUAUUUAUAGACUUUUCGCGACUUCUUUAUUUUUUCCUAAAUCAUUACAAAAUUAUACAUUACUCGUGUAUAAUUGCGUCAUGACUGUUUCCCAUGGGGGGAAAGCAAAGGUGUAUUUUUUUUUCAGAAUUCCUUGUGUUCAAGAUAACAAAAUAAAAAGUUAAAUCAAAGCUAAUAUACCACUGACAGAUGCUUAUUUUUAACUAUUACAUUGAUUACUGUAAGUUUAUGUACCACAUAGAGGGUCAAACAAAAAUUUGAUAUAGGUACACUUCAAUCGAUACAAGAAAAUACCUACAUACCUAGUAGAAGAACUUGUGCGUCUCAUUAUUGUCGUAGGUCGAACUGGCCAAAUUUUAGAUAAAA